AUGAUCGAUCGACCUUCGAAUCCAGCCCUCUGUGGGCAAGAUAACUCUCUUCUCGAGCAUCUUUAUUACAAUAGAAAUGCCCUUAACCCUAAAGUUGUCGAGGGAACAACAACGAGAUCCGGGACCCUCGUAGAGGGUGAAACGGGGUUGGAGUCUGAAUCUAGCAUUGACUCCCACGCGCAACAUGCGUCUGAUGAUCCCGAUGUGAUCUUGUCACCCCCCUCCAAGAAACAAAAGAAAAGAGAUGAUCUAUCUAAGGGUAAGCCUCCUGUUUUUCUUCGUCCAAGUCGGUCAGGAAGACGAGCACCUCAUCGAUACAUAAAAGUGAUUUCUCUUCACCAGAAGAACCCAUUAUUGGUGAAUCAGUAUAGGAGAACCCUCAAUCCGACUCCCCAUGAUCAAACAAUCAGUCCUAAGGACUUGGUUUCACCCAAGCGUCUAUGCUCUUCCCGUGACUCUAAGCCUGCAAAGUUUCCGAAUUCCAACAAAGCAGUAACUAAUGUUUUGCUGGGUAAUCCUUCCUUCUCCAAACCUCCUUUACCUCCUCUAGUUGACUCGUCUUCGCUUCAUGACUGCCCGGUCUGA